GAAAAAGUUUCGACCUGCCCAUGCUUUAUCAACUUCAGCCCCCUCCACCCUAUAUAAAAUUUUAAGAAUAAGUUUCCCUUUUUUUUUUCCAUUUAUAAAUUUAUUAUUAUUAUUAUAUACAAAUAUAAAACAUGGCACAAUUACUUGGAACAGUUGCUAAAUGGGCAAUUCCUGUUGGACUUGCUGUAGGUGGUGUACAAUCAGCCAUGUAUGAUGUCCAGGGUGGUUACAGAGCUGUCAUUUUCGAUCGUAUUCAAGGUGUGAAGCCCACCUCUAUUGGUGAAGGCACUCACUUUUUGGUUCCUUGGCUUCAACGUGCUGUUUUAUUUGAUGUUCGUACUCGACCUCGUAACAUUUCAACUACAACUGGUUCAAAAGAUAUGCAAAUGGUUUCAUUGACCCUUCGUGUAUUACAUCGUCCCGAAAUUAAAAAUUUGCCUCAAAUCUAUCAAAAUUUGGGUCUUGAUUAUGAUGAAAGAGUUUUACCUUCUAUUGGUAACGAAGUUUUAAAAGCUGUUGUUGCUCAAUUUGAUGCUUCAGAAUUAAUUACUCAACGUGAAGUUGUAUCUGCCAAGAUUCGUGAGGAAUUAUAUAAACGUGCUAAAGAUUUCAAUUUAGCUUUAGAAGAUGUUUCUAUUACACACAUGACAUUUGGUAAAGAAUUCACUAAUGCAGUAGAACAAAAACAAAUCGCACAACAAGAAGCUGAACGUGCCAAGUUUGUUGUUGAACGUGCUGAACAAGAAAAGCAAGCAGCUAUUAUUCGUGCUGAAGGUGAUUCAGAAGCUGCAGAAAUGAUUUCAUCAGCACUAUCAAAGGCUGGCGAUGGUUUUAUUGCUUUCCGUAGAAUUGAAGCUAGUAAAGAAAUUGCUCAAACUCUUUCACAGAAUCCUCAUGUUACUUAUUUGCCUAAUAAUGGUCAAGGUGGCAGUAACAUGCUUCUUGGUCUUAACACUCGUUAAAAUAAAAUAAAAUAAAAAAACAUAAAAAAAAGGGGGAAAACAUAGUGGUAAUAAUAAUAAU